AUGAUGGGACUACCUCCAAAUGCUCCAGCCCCAUUUUCUGCCUUCCGCCUGGCCCCCCGUGCUCCCCCCAGCGAUGUGAGCGGCAACAGCCUGUACGGGCGCAUCAACCGCAACUUCAAGAGCAUGGUGGCGGAUGGCGGUGCGCUCAUCAACUUGGCUCACAACUUCUUCUUCGGUGAUGCCCUGCUCCUCGCUGCCGGCUGCCAGGUCUGCCCCGCUGAGAUCACCCAGCCCAACAACCUCGUCCUGGGGGACACCUUUGAUGUGUUUGCUGGCAAGUGCGAUACUGCUGCUGCCACUGGGCUGCGAGAUUUCUCCAUGGCGGGGGCGGGCAAGGAGGCGAGGGUGAGUGUGGCGGGCAACUGCCUGACGCUCAGCCCGGGCGCGGAGUGCGCAGCCAACGCCACCCAGCGCAGCACGGCAGCCUGCCAGGCGUUCUGCAGCAUCACGGACAACGGCCCGUGUGACGGCCAUGGGGAGUGCGUGCCGCCUGCCCCCGCCUCCCCCUCCAACUUCUCCUGCCUCUGCCAUGCCGGCUACUCUGCCAUCGACUCGGGCAACGGUUCUACCUGUGCCAUCGUCAACUCCACCACCACCACUGUCUCGUCGCUCUCCACGGGCGCCAUAGUGGGCAUUGCUGUGGGCUGCUUUGCUGGCUUCGUUCUGCUGGCAGCUGUGCUCACAUGCCUGCUGUGGCCCCACGGACCAAAGAAGUGGCAGGGGCUGGAAGUGUGCGAGCAGUACUCGCUGCAGCAGAUGGUGAGGGCCACAGACAACUGGUCCAAGGAGAACGAGCUGGGGAGGGGCGGCUUUGGCAUCGUGUACAAGGGGUACUCGCCACAGGGGCAGCUGUGGGCCAUCAAGCGCUCCACUGUCAUGACCAACGACUUUGAGACAGAGGUGCGAGCCAUGGCGACGCUCAACCAUGUGAAUCUGGUGCGGCUGCUGGGCUUUUGUGUGGAUCACAAUGUGGAGACGGGCAAGCAGGAGCAGAUCUUGGUGUACGAGUUUGUGGGUAACAGAGACUUGCACCACCACAUCUUCAAGAGAAAAAGCCCUCUCUCACUGCGGCAGCGACUGCGAGUGGCACAAGGAGCAGCAGAGGGGCUGGCAUACCUGCAUGGGUUUGAGACGCCCAUCAUUCACCGCGACAUCAAGCCCGCUAACAUCCUUGUGACGGCCGACAUGCACGCCAAGGUGGCUGACUUUGGGCUGCUGAAGCUCCUCACCCACUGCGAGGGGGAUGCGACAAGAGUGGCGGGCACUCCCGGCUAUGUGGACCCAGAUUACAACCGCACACACGUGGUUACCACCAUGAGUGAUGUCUUCAGCUUUGGCAUCGUGCUUCUGGAGCUGUUAACUGGCUCGCCACCAGUACACAACCAGUCACACAUCAGACAUUGGGCAAUAGCGAAGGUGGAGGCGUUUGAGUUGGAUGAGCUCAAGGACAGCAAGCUGGAAGCAAGCGAGGAGGCCAUAGUGGCCUUGGCGGACCUCGCUCUGGACUGCGUCAAGAUGCCGGGCACUCGGCGGCCCGACAUGAAGGAGGUUGCUCACAGCCUUGGCGCCCUCAUUGAGAAGUUCUGCCCUAACAAGGAGCCCUGCGAGUUUGUAGAGGAACACUCUUCCUCAGGAAGCCAAUCCAGCCAGCCUGGGGCUCCCUCUAGAGGGUCUCUAGCGUCCAGUACCAUCAGUAAGAGUGACAUCUCCUCCACCGGCCUUGGUUCCAGGGCUGAUUUGAAGGAGUCCCUCCUCAUAGCCCAGCAGUAUCUCUCACCCCUUCCCCCAGUCCACCCGUAUCUUCUGCCCCGCCUCCAGCCCACCUGUUUCUCUCAGUCCUUUCCCCAGCCCUCUUGUUUCACUCGCCCCUCCCCUUAG